GUUUCCUCUUUAGCUUCUGCGCUUCUUCUUCUUUUUACCUUCUGCCGUGUGCGUUGCUUGUCUCCUUCUCCUUCCGUAUAUACCUCGAUAACACCUCACGCUCCUCGUUUCCUCGCCUCGUUUUCUCCUGAACCACAGCCUGGACGACUGAAGGCAACAAUAUCCUAAUCCCCCUCCUCACUUCUCUUUCAUUAACGCCCCCAUUCAUUUCUAUCCCCUUUCAAUAAUGCUUGCCCGCAUGAACAUUGGUCUCUGCGGACUGCUGGCCUGUGCAUUGAGCGGUGCAUCUGCCUUGCCAGGGUCCGAGCGCCUCAUUGGAGGCUCAACAGCGCCGUCGGGCAUGUUCCCAUUCAUUGUGCAUUUGUUUAAGAACGGCAACCCGUACUGCGGCGGCACGCUCAUUGACUACCAGUGGGUAGUGACAGCCGCGCAUUGCGUUGCUGACAAAGACGACUCCAAGUCUGGAGCAGGCAGCUUCACUACAGCCAGUGCAUCCGACUACAAGGUCGGCUAUGGCACCAACAGCGGCAGCCUAGAGAACUCGGUUGACGUAGAGUCGAUUAUCGUGAACACGGCGUUCGAUCCAGUCUGGUAUACGUCUGACAUCGCCCUGAUCAAGCUCAGCGUCAAUGAUGACAUCAUAAAGAAGGCGAAGACAAUCAGCAUCAGCACAGCGGGUGUGUCGGCAGGCCAAACCAUGAUCACUGCCGGGUGGGGCCAGUCCAGCAACGACAACUCUGCGCAGUCCAACCAGCUCAUGUACGCUGGCCUUGUGACAGCCGACGACGAGACAUGCAAGAAGGGAGCAGGUGACUGGAACGGUCAAAAUGGACGCUAUGUGUGCACCAGCUUCUCGACCGCACCAGGUAUCGGAACCUGUUUCGGCGACUCUGGCGGUCCCCUGCUGCUCAACUCUGGCAGCGGCUACACACUCAUGGGCCUGGUCAGCUUCGAUGUCAACACCAAGGACUCGUCAAACACGCGGUGCGCGCAGGAUGGCAAUGUCAGUUAUUUCACGCGCGUUUCGUCGUACCUGUCGUUCAUCAGCAGUGAGACCGGAAUCAGCGACUCGACGCUGGUUGGCAAUAGCUCGCCUGUGCACCACAGCAGCGACAACUCUACCAGCACCUCGGAUAACUCGUCGAACAACUCAGACAACUCCUCCAAGUCGGAGAGCUCGGACUCUGACGACAAGAAGGACUCGGACAAGAAGGACUCGGACAACAAGGAUAGCAAGAACAGUUCUGGCAGUGAUUCUAGCAAGAGCUCAGGAUCCUCGUCAAACGGAAAGGCCACGGACAAGUCUGUCAGCGGUGGCAGCGCUGCGACUGCUGCCUCGGACGAUGGCAAUGACGAUGAUGAUAGUGAGCAGAGCGGCAGCGCUGGUGGCAGCAGCAACAAGUCAUCGGCACCCAAGUCAUCGGGAGCCAAGUCGUCUGGUGCCAAGGCAACAGACUCGGCUGCCGCCGAUAACCAGGGAAAUGGUGCGGCGUCUACUGCCACUGUUGGUUCCGCGUCGCUGGUCCUCGCCAUCCUAGCAGUGCUCAUCUAGAAUAGAUCUCAUUUCUCCUCAUAACUUUUGUCUCUUCUGACAUAUUGUGCUGCUGUCUUUCUACACUUCCCCUAUGCAACUUUUAGCAAACCCCCUUCCCUCUAUUCCGCCACCCUUUUACACCUAUACCUUAUCACCCCAAGAUGAUACCCGCCCUAAUGAAUCUUAUAAACUAGCAUUUCUUCAUCUAACAAACGAAUGAAGUUGAAUAAUUACUUA